AUCGAGGCUACAGUCAGUAGCAACUAGCUAACAAGGUGGGAGGCGGGGAAAGCGGGAGCGAAAGCUCGAAAAUCAAGAAUCACGUUCACUGUCAAUACAGUCGUGUCGGAUGCGCUAACACUUAAUUUAUGGACAUAAAGUAAAAAAAUCAUAAGUAGAGGUCUGUACACGGAAUUUUCCUGUAUAGAGGAGCGGGUCAUGCUGUCCUCGCAAAGGUAAUGAGCCGUAGAGCCCUCGGGUCUCGGCUAAACAGCGCCCACAAACUGCAGCGAGAGUGGAAUGAUUGGCAGCCCAGAGGUGACCGUGCGUCUGCCACCCAGGACGGCGCCACGUGCAGUACCACGAGAGACCGCGGCGUAGCCUCGCUUUUCGACACGCCAUCCUCUGACCCGCCCGACUCCCCUCCACCGCGCAAUGAGGCCCUCGCAGCCGCCAGCACACUCGGAGAAGGGGGUGGAUAUGAAGUCGAUGAAGGUAUCUGUGAAAACGCUUUUCAUUGGAAGACACUGGGGCAAGAGCUGAGAGUCAACGAUGUGACCGUGGAUUCAACCAGUUUUCAGCAUGGAAACCGUGCUUUAGCUUCAAAGGACAUGAGGAAAUCACAGGAUAGAACGCUGCCUCACUCUGAUGAGUCUCGGCUGGCCAAUCUUCUGCGGCGGGUGUCCCGGGAAGAUGACAGGGACCGCAGACUGGCCACCAUGAAACAGCUGAAAGACUUCAUUCAGCACUCUGAGAACAAAGUGGUCCUGGCGAAGCAGUUGGAUACAAUUCUGACUGCCCUAAACGACGUUUUAAAUGAAAGCAGUAAACUACUGCAGGAGCUGAGACAGGAGGGAGCCAGCUGCCUGGGCCUGCUCUGCGCCUCCCUCAGCUACGAGGCCGAGAAGAUCUUCAAGUGGAUCUUCCUCAAGUUCAACGCGUCCACCAAGGACGAGGUCAAGCUGCUGUACUUGGUGGCGACGUACAAGGCCCUGGAGAUGGCCGGAGAGAGGAAGGGCUUUUCAUCAGUCAUGCAGCUGGUAAUGAGCAGCUUGCAGUCCAUUCUGGAGAACCUGGACACCCCGGAGCUGCUGUGCCAGAGUGUCAAGUGCAUCCUGCAGGUGGCGCACUGCUACCCGCACAUCUUCAGCACCAACUUCAGAGACACGGUGGACAUCUUGGUCGGGUGGCACAUCGACCACACGCAGAAGGCGUCCCUCACCCUCCAGGUGUCUGGGUGGCUGCAGAGCCUGGAGCAGUUCUGGGUGGCAGACCUGGCUUUCUCCACCACCUUACUGGGGCAGUUUCUGGAAGACAUGGAGGCCUACGCUGAGGACCUCAGCCACGUGGCUUCGGGGGAGUCUGUGGACGAGGAAAUCCCCCCGCCCUCGGUGUCCCUCCCCAAACUGGCGGCCCUCCUGCGCGUCUUCAGCACCGUGGUGCGCAGCAUCGGGGAGCGCUUCAACCCCGUCCGCGGCCCCCCCAUCACCGAGGCUUACGUCACUGAUGUGCUGAACCGCGUGCUGGCGUGCGUCACCACGGCCAAGCAGGUGUUCUUCUCGGAGGCGGUGCUGACGGCGGCUAACGAGUGCGUGUGCGUGCUGCUGCUGAGCGUGGACGCCGGCAUGAGCCAGCUGACGGACGCGGUCAUCACCUACGGGCUCAACCAGCUGGAGGGCUGCCAGGCCUGCGGGCCCGAGUACUGCAUCGCCGUGCUCAACCUGCUCACGCUGAUUGUGGACCAGAUUAACACCAAGCUGCCUUCCUCGUUCGUGGAGAAGCUGCUGGCGCCGGACUCCCAGCUGCUGGAGCUUCGCUUCCAGAGGGAGAAAGAGGUGAUGGCGGCGGCCCUGGCGGUGUACCAGGCCGUCCUGAGCCUGAAGAACAUUCCCACCCUGGAGGCCGCCUACAAGCUGGUGCUGGGGGAGAUGGGCUGCGCCCUGAACGGCCUGCUGACCCCGCUGGGCCUGCUGGCCGCCUGCCCCCACAUCCAGCACCCCGCCUUCGCCCAGACGCAGCUGGCCCCGGAGAGGGCCGAGUUCACCCUCGUCUUCAACCUGAGCGCGCUCACCACCAUCGGCAACACCAAGAACUCCCUCAUCGGGAUGUGGGCCCUGUCCCCCACCGUGUUCGCGCUGCUCAGCCAGAACCUGCUGGUGGUGCACUCUGAGCUGGCCGUGUACCACCCGGUGGUGCAGUACGGCGUUCUCUACACCCUCUACUCGCACUGCACCAGACACGACCACUUCAUCUCCAGCAGCCUCAGCUCGUCUUCCCCCUCCCUCUUCGACGGGGCUGUCAUCAGCACCGUCACCACGGCAACCAAGAAGCACUUCAGCACUCUCCUCAGCUUGCUGGGGAUGCUGCUGAGCAAGGAGCACCUCUACGCCGAGGCCCGGCGGCUGCUGCUGAACUGGGCUCUAGAAAUGUCGCUUGUGAUGAAGAAAUCGGAGACCUACACUCCUCUCUUUUCUCUGCCGUCAUUCCACAAAUUCUGCAAAGGACUUCUUGCUAACGCCCUGAAUGAAGACCCAACUGUCUGUCUGCAGACCUGCAACAGCCUGCAGGUGCUGUCUUCAUCCCUGUCCACAGAGUUGCUGCAGAGGUGCGUGGACGUGUGUCGGGUCCAGCUGGUCCACUCCGCCGUUCGGGUGAGGCAGGCCUUCGGGAAGCUGCUGAAGACCAUCCCCCUGGACGUGGUGCUGAGUAACCGUGGGAACGCGGAGAUUCAGGACAUCUCGCUGGCCAUCCGCCGGCACAUGAGCAAGGCGCCUAGCAACACCUUCCACCCGCAGGACUUCUCUGACCUCAUCAGCUUCAUCCUGUAUGGUACCGUGCACCGCGGGGGGAAGGAGCCCUGGCUGGAGCGCCUGUUCCACAGCUGCCAGCGGCUGGAGAAGCGGGAGGCGGCCACGGUGCCGCGGGCGCUGCUCCGGACCGAGGCGGUGCUGUGGCAGUGGGCCGUGUGGGAGGCGGCGCAGUUCACCGUGCUGUCCAAGCUGCGCACCCCCCUGGGCCGCGCGCAGGACACCUUCCAGACCAUCGAGGGCAUCAUCCGCAGCCUGGCGGCCCACAGCCUGAACCCCGAGCAGGAGCUGAGCCAGUGGAGCGGCGGGGAGAGCGACGAGGGCCACCACACCAACCAGGUGCGCCUGGCGCUGCUGCUGCAGUUCCUGGAGAACCUGGAGAAGCUCAUGUACAACGCCUACGAGGGCUGCGCCAACGCGCUCACAGCGCCCCCUAAGGGCAUCAGAACCUUCUUCUACACCAACCGGCAGACGUGCCAGGACUGGCUGACGCGGAUCCGCAUGGCGCUGAUGCGGGUGGGCCUGAUGUCGGGCCAGCCGGCCGUCACCGUGCGCCACGGCUUCGACCUGCUGGCGGAGGUCCGGACCAGCAGCGCUCACGUCUCGGACAUGGAGGUUCCCGUGGUGAUGCUGGUGGAGGCGCUGUGCGAGCUGCGCUGCCCGGAGGCCAUCCAGGGCCUGGCGGCCUGGAGCUCGGGCGUAGCCGGCAGGAGCCUGGGCUGGGUGGGGUCUGUGGCCCUGCAGGCUGAGGGACGGUUUGAGAAGGCGGCCGUGGAGUACCAGGAGCAGCUGGGGGCCCUGACCGGGACGGACUGCUCCAUCAAGGGCUUCGACCGCUCCCUAAUGAAGGGCACCAGCGCCUGCAGCAGCCCCAAGAACAUGGGGAAUGGUGACGGCAGGAAGACGGUGCUUCUGAAGCCCAGCGAAUGCUCCCCGGAGGUUUUGAACUUCCUGGCCAAUAAGACGUGCGAGUGCUACGUGGCCCUGUGCGACUGGCCGUCGGUGCAGGAGUGGCAGGCCAGCGUGCUGGCCCUGAAGAAGGCGUCCAGCGGCUCCACCAUCAACCUGAAGACAGACUUCAACUACGUCAGGGCCCUGAGCAGCUUUGAGGACGCAGAUUUCACAGAAUGUCAGGAGCAGCUUGGACUCCUGCCUGGGGAGGAUUUUGGGUUCCUCAACUCCACCUCGAGGGACAAGCUUGACCUGAAGCGGCUGCUCCCUGCCGUGCUCAGUCCAGACCCCACUGAACUGCAGAAGGCCAUUGAGGUCCAGCUGCUGAGGAGUGCAGUGGGCAUCGUCACAUCUGCCAAUCAGAGCGAGCAGGACCAGAACACUCCCCCCUCUACCGAGACCCUGGUGAAGUACCUGAAGCAGACGGGGCGUGUCUCCCUGGGGCCCCUGCGGCUGUCCACCCUCACCCUGUCGGGGUCCCUGCCCACCAUGAGCACCCUGCAGCUGCACUGCGCCACCUACCUGGAGAGCUCCCUGAGCAGCCAGCUGUCCUCCGAGGACUGCCUGAUCCCGCUGUGCAGCCAGGCGCUGGGGACCUGCAAGCAGCAGGACGUCCAGCCCUGGCUCCACGCCCUCAGGUACACCAUGUUCCAGAGGCAGCUGUCCAUCAAACUCAAAGGGUCCUCUGCCCCCAUCGACUCCCACCUGAUGGAGCUGUGUCUGACGGCGGUGAAGUUCGCCCGCAAGCAGGGGAACAUCGCCCUGGCCACCCGGCUCCUCGGCCAGUGCAGCGACACUCCCAUCAAGGGCUGCUCCGGCGUGGCCGACCUGCUCAGCGUCUUCAAGUGCCUGUCACUAGAGGGCACUGUGGGGGAGAAGUGGGGCCCGGAGCUGGAGAUCGAGAAGGCCAAGGUGCUCUGCACCGCAGGUCAGACCGCCUCAGCGAUGGAGAUGCUGAGCCUGUGCGCGCUGUCCUACUGCCGCUCGGGGAAGAGCGAGCGGGCGGCCUGCCGCUCCGUGCUCACGCUCUGCAAGUGGCUGCUGGCCGACUGGAAGGACCUGACCCCGCAGCUCAAGCAGGCGGUGAAGAAGAACGCCGGCUCCCCCAGCCUGUCUCCCCUCAGCAAGAACAUCGCCGCCCUGCUGGAGCUCCCUGUGGAAGAUCAGGCCACGCAGCGCAUCACUGCCGAGACCACAGUGAGUGUAGGUGUUGGGGAGGCUGACUUUGUCCUGGGGCAGCUGUACCAACUCUCCACAGCUCAGGCCCCCGAUCUGGCCAAGUCCUGGGCUGCUCUGGCCAGCUGGGCCUACCGAUGGGGCCGGAAGGUGGUGGACAAUGCCAGUCAAGGAGAGGGAGUGCCUCUGCUUUCUGGCGAAAAGCAGGAAAUCGAAGAGUUGCUCCCAGAAUGCACCAGCGACGAAGACAAGGAAACCAUCUUCAGCAUUCUUGGCCAGGCUAUGUGUCGUCCAGCGGGCAUUCAGGAUGAGGACAUGGCCCUGCAGAACGAGGACGACGAAGAGGACGACAUGGUGGACGUGAUCUGGCGGCAGCUCCUGAGCUCCUGCCCCUGGCUGUCGGAGGUGGAGGAGGCCGUGACGGAGGGGCUGAUCCGGGUGUGGCGCCGGGUGGUGGAUCGCAUCUUCAGCCUCUACCGCAUUUCCUGCCGGGCCUACUUCACUUUCCUCAAGCUCAACGCCGGACAGGUGCCGGUCGACGAAGACGACCCGAAACUUCUGCUGUCCAACCAGAACGCGAAGCAGAGCAGCGAUGACAUCAUCGUCAUGGCGACCCUGCGUCUCCUGCGGCUGCUGGUGAAGCACGCGGGGGAGCUGCGGGAGGGGCUGGAGCUGGGGCUGGCCUCCACGCCUACUGCGCCCUGGAGAGGCAUCAUCCCCCAGCUCUUCUCCCGGCUCAAUCACCCCGAGGCCUACAUCCGCCAGAGCAUCUGCAGCCUGCUGUGCCGCGUGGCGCAGGACUCCCCCCACCUCAUCCUCUACCCCGCCAUCGUGGGCUCCAUCUCCCUGGGCGGGGAGACGCAGGCCGCAGGGAACAAGCUGCCCUCGGCGCUGCCCACGUUCCUCAGUAACAUCCAGGGGGAGGCGCUGUGCGGAGGGGGCAGCGAGGCGGGCAGCGGCCCCGCCUCCCAGGAGAGCGCCGCGGGGGAGGAGCUGGCGCCGUGCUCCAGCGAGGACCAGGCCAUGAUGCAGGACUGCUACAGCAAGAUCGUGGACAAGCUGUCCUCGGCCAGCCCCACCAUGGUGCUGCAGGUCCAGAUGCUGGUGGGAGAGCUGCGGCGGGUGACGGUUCUGUGGGACGAGCUGUGGCUCGGGGUCCUGCAGCAGCAGCACAUGUACGUCCUGCGCAGGAUCCAGCAGCUGGAGGACGAGGUCAAGAGGGUGCAGAACAACAACACGCUGCGCAAGGAGGAGAAGCUGGCCAUCAUGCGGGAGAAGCACUCGGCUCUGAUGCGGCCCGUGGUGUUCGCCCUGGACCACGUGCGCAGCAUCACGGCCGCGCCCGCCGAGACGCCGCACGAGACCUGGUUCCAGGACAGCUACGGCGACGCCAUCAACAGCGCCCUGGAGCGCCUGCGCAGCCCCUCCAACCCCGCCAACCCCAGCAGCAGCUGGGCGCCCUUCAAGCAGAUCAUGCUCAGCCUGCAGCAGCGGGCGCAGAAGCGCGCCAGCUACCUGCUGCGGCUGGACGAAAUCAGCCCCCGCCUGGCGGCCAUGGCCUGCACCGAGAUGGCGCUGCCCGGCGAGGUGUCCGCCACCGACGCCGUCACCAUCCAGAACGUGGGCAACACCAUCACCAUCCUGCCCACCAAGACCAAGCCCAAGAAGCUCUACUUCCUGGGCUCUGACGGGAAGAACUACCCCUACCUGUUUAAAGGGCUGGAAGACCUGCAUCUGGACGAGAGGAUCAUGCAGUUCCUGUCCAUCGUGAACACCAUGUUCACCAAAGUCAACCAGCAGGAGAGCCCGCAUUUCCACGCCCGCCACUACUCGGUCACGCCCCUGGGGACGCGCUCGGGCCUCAUUCAGUGGGUGGACGGGGCCACGCCCCUCUUCGGCCUCUACAAGCGCUGGCAGCAGCGGGAGGCGGUGCUCCAGGCGCAGAAGGCUCAGGACUCCUUCCAGCAGCCGCAGAACCUGCCCCUGGUCCCGCGGCCCAGCGAGCUCUACUACAGCAAGAUCGGCCCGGCCCUGAAGGCCGUGGGCCUCAGCCUGGAGGUGUCGCGCCGCGAUUGGCCGCUCAGCGUCAUGAGGGACGUGCUGCGGGAGCUGAUGGAGGCCACGCCCCCCAACCUGUUGGCCAAGGAGCUGUGGUGCUCCUGCACCACCCCGAGCGAGUGGUGGAAGGUGACGCAGGCUUACGCCAGGUCCACUGCUGUGAUGUCUAUGGUGGGUUACAUCAUCGGGCUGGGCGACCGGCACCUGGACAACGUGCUGAUUAACAUGACCACGGGAGAGGUGGUGCACAUCGACUACAAUGUCUGCUUUGAGAAAGGGAAGAGCCUGAGGGUCCCUGAGAAGGUCCCCUUCCGCAUGACGCACAACAUCGAAACGGCCCUGGGGGUCACCGGAGUCGAGGGCAUCUUCAGGCUGUCAUGCGAGCAGGUGGUCCACAUGAUGCGCAGGGGGAGAGAGACUCUCCUCACCCUGCUGGAGGCCUUUGUGUACGACCCCCUGGUGGACUGGACGGCCGGGGGGGAGGUGGGCUUCGCGGGCGCUGUGUACGGAGGGGGGGGCCAGCAGGCGGAGAACAAGCAGAGCAAGAGAGAGAUGGAGAGGGACAUCACCCGCAGCCUGUUCUCCUCCCGCGUGGCCGAAAUCAAGGUGAACUGGUUUAAGAACCGCGAGGAGAUGCUGGCGGUGCUGCCGCAGAUGGAAGGCGCCGUGGAGGAGUACCUCCACCUGCAGGAGCAGCUGACGCAGGUGGAGAAGCUGCAGGGCAGGCUGCUUGAGGAGAUGGAGUUCCUGGAGGGGGCGGAGAGCCAGGCGGAGCACCCCAUCCACACGCUGGAGCACAGGUACUCUGAGCACACCCAGCUGCAGUCCCGGGAGAUGACGGUGCAGGACGCCAUCCAGAGCAAGCUGUCUGACCUGGAGCAGUGGAUCUCCCAGUACCAGGCCGCCUUCGCCAGCCUGGAGGCCACCCAGCUGGCCAGCCUCCUGCAGGAGAUCAGCAGCCCCAUCGACCUGGGCCCCCCGAGCUACGUGCCAGCCACGGCCUUCCUGCAGAACGCGGGCCAGGCCCACCUGAUCAGCCAGUGCGAGCAGCUGGAGGCGGAGGUGGGCGCCAUGUUCCAGCAGCGCCGCGCCCUGCUGAGGGGCUGCCUGGAGCACCUGCACAGCUACGCCACCGUGGCCCUGCUGUACCCGCGCUCGGUCCUCCAGCGCCACCGCGCCCAGGCCUGGAAGCAGUGGAUGGAGGAGCUGGUGUGCGACAUGACGGGCGAGCACUGCCAGGCCAUCUACCACAAGUACGAGAUGCAGUUCGCCCCGCAGCCGCCCCAGGCCACCUGCCAGUUCCUGUCGAGCACGGAGCUGGCGCUGCAGCACCACGUGGCCGAGACCAACACGCGGCUGCUCCGGCAGGUGGAGCGGCUGAAGGCGGAGGGCGCCGGAGCGCCCGCCUGCGAGGAGCAGCUGCAGGAGAUCGAGCGCUGCAUCUCCGUCUUCCUGCGCGAGAACGGCGAGCUGGGCUCCUUCAGCCUGGCGGGCAUCAUCGUCUCGGCCCUCUGCACCCUCACCAGGCGUAACCUGGUGAUGGAGGGCGCGGCGGCCAGCGCGGGCGAGCAGCUGGUGGAGCUGACGUCGCGGGACGGCGCCUGGUUCCUGGAGGAGCUGUGCAGCAUGAGCGGGAACGUGACCUGCCUGGUGCAGCUUCUGCAGCAGUGCCAGCUCCUCCCCCACGACCUGGACCUGCCCAGCCCCUCGCUGACCGCCCAGGCCGUCUACCUGGCCAACGGAGUCUACACCUGCCUUCAGGAGCUGAACACAAACUUCCGGCAGAUCAUCUUCCCCGAGGCGCUGCGCUGCAUGCUGAAGGGGGAGAGCACGCUGGAGAGCAUGCUGCUGGAGCUGGACCUGCUGAUCGAGCAGUGCGCAGACGGGCUCUCCCUGCAGGGGCUGGCCGACGCCCUGCAGGCUCACCUGCGCAACGUGGCCAUGGGCCUGGAGGAGGAGGCCGACGACCACUACCUUGACGUCACAAGGAUGCUGCGGGCCCAGUACUCUGAGCUCAUCCAGCCGCGCAGCCAGGAGGGCGCCCUGCAGGACACGCCCAAGAUGAGCGCGGGGCAGAUGCUGCUGGUGGCCUUCGACGGCACGUUCGCCCAGCUGGAGACUGCCUUCGGGCUUCUCAUCGACAAGCUCAACAAAAUGGAGGUGCCUGCUGCCUGGAGGAAGAUAGACGUGAUUCGCGAGGCCAGGGCGGCGCAGGUGAACUUCUUUGACAAAGCGCAGCACCGGCAGGUUCUGGAGGAGAUCUUCUUCCUCAAGAGGCUGCAGAGCAUCCGGGACUUCUUCCGCCUGUGCGGCUCCUUCGCUCAGACCCUCUCAGGAACCUGCCCCCCUGCGCCCGACGAGGCGGCCCCCUCCAACGGGCCGGUGCCGCUGGCCAAGCCGGCGUUCCGCGGCUCGGCGGCCAUGAGCGAGGAGCAGAUGGCGCGGCCCAUCAAGGCCUUCACGGCGGACUUCGUGCGGCAGAUGCUGAUGGGGCUGCCCACGCAGGUGCUGGGCCUGGCGCUCUGCAGCGCCCUGGGGGCGCUGGGCACCGACGUGGUGGCCCAGGUGGAGGCCAAGGACUUUGGGGCGGAGGGCAAGGUGUCGCUGGACGAGCUGUGCAAGCGGGCGGUGGAGCAGGGCGUGCAGGCCGGCCGGCUGUCCCAGCUGCUGCUCAACCGCGCCACGGUGCUGGCCGGCUCCUACGAGACGGCCUGGAAGAAGCUGGACCUGGUGCGCCGGCUGGAGGCCAGCGUGGAGGCCUGCAAGGUCAGCCUGCAGAGAGCCCAGCUGCACGUCACCAUGUUCCAGUGGCAGCACGAGGACGUCCUGGGGACGAGGAACCAGCCGAUGAGCGUCAGCCCCCCGCCGCGCUCCAUCAUCCUGAGCAACAUGAAGAAGAAGCUGUACAAGCUGAGCCAGGAUGAGGCCUCCAUCGCCAGCGUGCAGGAGAAGCUGGCGGCGCUGGAGGGCAGCAUCGAGCAGCGGCUGAAGUGGGCGGGCGGGGCGAACCCGGCGCUGGCGCCCGUGCUGCAGGACUUCGAGGCCACCAUCGGCGAGCGGCGGGCGCUGGUGCUGAAGGAGGGCCAGUGCGUCAGCCAGGUCACCUUCCUGUGCAGCACCAUCCUGAACUUCGAGGGGCUGCGCACGCGCACGCCCGACGCCCUCGCCAUGGACGCCGCGCUCUUCGACCUGCUCAAGCGCUGCCAGGCCACCUGCUCCUAUGCCGCCAAGUUCAGCAGCUCCGUCUCCCCGCUCGAGCUCCGCCUGCUGUGCCGGCUGAGCUCCACAGUGGACCUGCCCAUCGGCGGCAGUGAUUGGCUGAUGUGUGCGCAGAAGCAGCUGACCCAGGAGAUGUCCAAUGAGAGAGCGGCUCAGGGGGAGAGGGAGCAGCAGCUGGACAGUGUGACAGAGACGCUGCAGGUGCUAGUGGACACCAUCAAGGGCAUUCUGUCCAGCCACAACCGCCAGCUGGCAGACGUCAAGCACCUGCUGCGUGCCAUGGCCAAGGACGAGGAGAGCGCCCUGGCGGAGGGCGAGGCCGUGCCGUACGAGGGCAGCGUGCGCCAGUUCCUGUCCGAGUACAAGGCGUGGCAGGACAACGUGCAGAUCGUGCUGUUCACCGUGGUGCAGGCCACGGGGCCGCCGCGCGGGCAGGAGCAGGCCGAGCUGCUGCAGGAGAUCCCCGGCACGCUCAAGGAGCUCAAGGCGCAGAGCCAGAGCGUGUACAACGGGCUGGUGAGCUUCGCGUCCCCGCUGGUGACCGAGAGAGCGAGCGACUGCGCCAGCCCGCCCCUGAGCACCCAGACCAGCUUUGCCGCAGCAGUGCGAUUCAGCGGGCCCAGGACGCAGCCGGAGAGCAUGUCCCAGAACGCCCGCAAACCCCUGCCGCGCAACCUGGGGACCCCCGCCGACACGCCGCCCAGCACCAUGCUCAUCACCAGCAAGGGCCUGGCGCCCAGCCCCAAGAGGGCCGUGAGGGACCCCAAAACGGGCAGAGCUGUCCAGGAGCGCAACUCUUACGCAGUGAGUGUGUGGAAGCGGGUGAAAGCCAAACUGGAGGGGAGAGAUGUGGAUCCUAACAGGAGGAUGAGUGUAACUGAGCAGGUGGAUUAUGUGAUCAAGGAGGCCACAAACGUGGAUAACUUGGCUCAGCUGUAUGAAGGGUGGACAGCCUGGGUGUGAACGGGAUGCCAGUAGAUCUCUCUGGUCCAAGGAGGGUAGAAAUCCACCAGAAUCCACUGGGUCUGGGGCGAAAGGAGCCGCAGAGCACCGUGGGGGGGAAGAUCUAGUGAUCCUCCCUGGGGCCCCCACUGGAUCCCCGUAGCACAGCUGCACCCGGCGAUCCAGCCAACACAACGAAUGGGUCUGCACCCGUCUCCCUCGGGCGCGGGGGAGGGGGGGCCGACAGGGAUGGGAAAGGGGGAGGGGCCGGGGGUGAUGAGGCGCCAAGCCCGAACUAUCCCCAGCCCUGCAGUGCAACAAAAACGACAAACAAACAAAAAAAUAGAACUCCUCUCCACCCGGAAUCCGAGAACGUGCAGAAAAGGGCUCGUCACAGGGGCUCGGGAACGAGGCCGCCUCGCCGCCCGCCUCUUUUUCCUCCCACCCUGAGAGCGGAGAGAUGGAUGCCCAGUCCCUCAGUCCUGACGCGCGCUCCUGGAACACACUCGAGCGUCGAGAGGGGAGACGGAGCUCGGGGCUGCGGAGGGCCUCUUGGCGUUCUGUCCUUUAUGACGACCCGGCAGCUCUAACUGUCCAGCGGCGAUGCCGGAGCGUGUGUUGGCGGGUGUUGAGGGCUGAGCGGCUGGAGAAUCAGGAGCCUCAGUGAACUCCAUUCAAAGCCUUGUGGCUCAAGUCGAGAUCACAAGAGGUUUAUUCUAUUUUUUUCCGGAAAGUGUAUUUAAUUCACUUUCUUUUCAGUCUCAAACAUUUAUUGGAAAUAAAGUUAACCCUUGCACUCAAUGCUAAAAAAAAAAUAUUCCACGCAUCUCGCAGUUAAGUCAUUUCACUUUCUGAAAAGGUCUCGAGCGGAAAUGUUUUUGUUUUUGUUAUUUUGGAGAAUUCGCCGUCAUCUUGUUUGAGCGUUCUAGCACUAUGUAUAAAGUGCUUCAGUACAUGGGAUCCACUGUCGGUUGACAUUGUUUUGGAUCGAUUGGUGGCUGUCAGCUUCAGUUUGUGUGGGUAUUCUGAACAGUGAUAAAAAAUUAUGUGAAUUUAAAAUUGGACUAAAACGAGCUAAUUGCUUUUUGGUAUGUUUCCUUGAUUUGCAUCUGAUUUUCUGCAUUGUAGAGACUUUCUUUUUCCAUGCUUUUUAAAAUCACUUAGAUCAUCCCUAUUUGACUUGCCAGAGAAGGGAUGUGCCAUUCCUGUUAUAUAAUAUUCCCUGUUUUGCCUGAGUUUUACUAAUCUAGGUCCCCCUCUAGUUUUACAUUUUUAGUGGGAGAAAAUUAAUAAGUGAAUUAUAUAAAGUAAUGCUUUGGUGAUGGUGCAAACUGUUAUUAAAAGAUUUUAUUAAAUUUUGUUUGAUUCAGAAUAAAUUGGGAUUUAAAUGGUA